AUGCAAAUGGCCAACAGUGCACAAGUUUUUUCCCCUCGGCUUCCUUCGCGGGUGUCGCCCGAGACGGCUCUCCGGUUCGCCGUGGCGGCGUCGACUGUUGAGCGACGCAGUUUGCGCUGUCGCUCUCAAUCCUCUCAAGCCGUGCUUCAUCAGGAAGGAAAGCGUGAAGAGGCCGUAGGCGCUCCGGCGCACUCCUUCCAAAGAGCCGGCGAGACAUCGCGGCGAGGCCCCACGCGAUCCAGUGUAGCUACAGCUUCCCUGCGAGAGGAGCAUUCCGCCUCACUGUCGCCAUCGCUUCGCGAACGCCGCUCUCCGGGCAGGGCGAGUCACGAACAAAGGGAUGCGAGCGACGGGUCAGAAAGCAGCGAGGACGACGCGUCGGUGGAGCCGCGGAAGAAGUCAAGGUCCGGCGGCGCGGCGGCGAAUCUUCCGCUUUCUCGCAAGACUGCGGAGAGAGAGAAAGACGCAGAGGGACACACUACCCCGCGCGUUCCUCUGCUGACCACAAAACAGCAACGUCUCCUCCUGCGUUACCUCUGCAUCUCCAAUGACGAGGCUUCGCGAGUUCUCGUCCAAGCGGCAGCGCGGCACUGUGGCCCUGUCGCCGGCGCGGCUGCAGUCGCAGCGCGGUACCUCGCGGCGCGGCAAGCUCCAGGGAGGCGCUCCGGAGACGCGAGGCGGUCGGAAAAGGAACCCAGCCAAGACCGCGGUGUUUCACGGGCGGCUCCAGAGGGAUCGCCAGGCGCUGAGCUCGAGGCAGACACGUGGGCGUCCGCGCUGUCCGAAAACGUGAGGGUGGACGGCCCCCCACAAAGAUCGCGCGGAAGAGAGACCAAAGGGAUGGGGAGCGCGUCCAGCUGGUCUUUUCGAAGCGUCGCAGGUGAGGGCAGAGUCCGGUUUGCUCGCACAGGCAGCAGCGUUCGCUUCCGGUCUCCCGUCGCCGCAGCGGAGACACAGCCCCGCCGCCUUUCCGACAGGCCUCUGUUCCCCGACGAAAGCCAACGAACGGACCUGAACUUCCCCGCCCGCGGAAGCAGCGCUGCCGAGCAGGCAGAGCCCGCCUGUGAAGCCUGCGCCAGAGCUAAAUGGGGCUCUCACCUCGGACGAUCUCCCGGAGACGCUUUUUCUCCCCCAGCACGUGUGGCGCUACGGGGCACCGAAGGCUGUUUGGAAGAGUGUGCUCACGCCGCAGCUGCGGUCCUUCCCACGUGCAGCUCCUCUCGCGCGACGGUGAGCGUUGCGUCGUCUCCGACGCCAGUCGGAACACUGAAUCGUUUUUCCCGGUCUCUGCACGGAAUGCUCGUGCAUGAUUCAGAUCCGCGACCGUAUGAACGCUGUAGAGAGCACUGCGCCAUCGCCGGCAGCUCUCCCGCCGAGUUGUCAAAAAUCUCUUGUCACUGUCUCGGAACGGGAGGGAGAGAAUGUGUCGGAGCCCCGAACGUUUCUUCGUCCUCGUCCGCGUGGUCCUGCUGUUCCAACGCGUCCGCUGUCCCCGCAAGAACGGCCUCGAGUGGCGACAGGGCGUGCUGUCACGGGAACAGACACAGUCCUUUUGCCGGGGUGUCGGAGACGCGUCGGCCGGCACAGCCAAGUCACUCCUCUUCUUUUGGCCCGACCGCGAGGGCUCGGGGCGCCGCAGGCGACGCGUCUCGCGAGUCUGGUGCCCGACCCUCGUGUCCGUCUUGUCCAUCCUGCGCACCGUCCCCGGCGUCGCGUGCUGGCUCUUUUGCUUCUCCCGAUGCCGUUGGCGGCAGGUGCUCAGUGGAUCAGGGUUGCGCUUGUAGCUCGUACAGCGCCUGUGGGAGCUGUCAGCCGCUUCUGGACUCGAGUGGUCUAGAGCGGUCCCCCUGCCUCCAUGCGGAUCAAGAACGUCGGAUGGGUUGUCCAGGAGCAGAUAGUCUUGCCACACGACCCACUGUCUCUGUUGCAUGCACUCCUCCAUGCACAGGAGGCAGACGAUCGAGCCUUUGUGAUGGCCCGCAUGCAGAUGCAGUGCACGGAAGCGGGCAGAGGCAAGGCGCUCCCGUUGUCCGGCAUCGAGUGUUCCUCCGACCCGCAGCCACUGCGUUGGAAUCGCCUGGGACAGCGACUCCUGUCCGGCGAGGAAGCCUUUCGUGCAGGUCUGGCCACGUAGAGGAGCGAAGACAGACUGAGGCGCGUCCCUUUCAUGUGCACCAACAGCGAGAUCCCUCCGGUAACCAGGCCGGGAACACCUGUGGGGUGGGAGAAUCUCGGACUCAGCGAGAGGCCGAGCAGUCUCUCGGGCGUUUGGGGAGUCCAGCUCAGACGCCUCCGAGUCUCCAUACGCGACCGCAGAGCCACGCUCAGUGGGAGAGCACACGGAGCAGUGUGUCUCCGGGGUCUAUGUUUCUCCCGUGUCAGGAGCUCGGGCCACGGCGCGCGGGUGUACCUCCAGCGGGGCAGGUUUGCUGCAGCGUUGGCGAAACGCGGAGCAGGGAGGAGGGUUCUGUGGGGUCAGCUGAGGCGUCAAAAACCGAGGCGGAGAGCAAUGGACGAAAGCAACAUGACAGCGGCAUCACAGUGGCGCUACCAUCUUCGAUUCUCGCUCCGAGUCCCCGCAGUGAACACGCGACUACAGUGCGUCAUCGUGCACCUGUGGCCGCACGCACCAAGACAGAGCAUCCGAGCACAGAGGAGGGACAACCAGAAGAUCUGUAUAAAGUUCUGGAACGGCAGCAACGAGAAUUGGCUGAGCAGCUCCGCCUUCUCGAGCUCAUCGAAACCCAUCAAGUCGAAAGUGGAUUCCUGGGGCAGAGGAGAGACCCGCAGCCAGGAGCGUCUGGUUCUCAGUCGCAGCUCUCGGUCGUGCGCGACGCACGGCAGACUGGCGCACACGAGAAUGUGGGUUUUCUGGACAACGCCCCGCACCUAUUGCAUCUAGACGUCGAAGUGGUUCGCAGAGGACGGGGGAAGCCGUGGAGCGUCUCUCAAACGGUCUACGCCCAGUCUCCGGACGACAUUCCUUACUCUGGCAGUGCUUCACGGGCAAAGACAGAAGGGCAGUCGCAUGGGUGGUAUCCGCCCGGUAGCACGCGUGUGAACGAGGGGAACCGGCUGCGCCCUGAGGCUGGGAAUCGUUUGAAAGCCAGUGACAACUGGACCACGACACAGGAACAAGAUGAACAGCAACUGAGGGAGUUAGAAGAUGUUGUCUGGACAUUGGCAGUCGCCGAGAGGAAUCAUGCAAGCGAACUUUUGCGCGUUUGA